UUUAUUAAUAAUUCAGCGAAUCUCAAGAUGGAAGAAAAGGAGAUUAAUGGAACUGUUGUUAAGUAUUUGACUGAAGAAAGUCAAUCGUUACUCAUGAGUGACAAAGACCAAGAGGGAGAAUCUACUGAGGCGGAAAUUGAUAAUACAAUGCAUGCUAGUCCUUGGCAGGACUUCGAGCAUGCUUAUUUCUUUGCUAUACAAGAAGUCGAAGAAUUUGAGGAUGCAUUUUAAUUCUUACUUCUAACCUUCUUGGCCAUUGACAAAUUUUAAUCAAGAAGUAGCUCACAACUCAAGAUUUAAGAGUUUGAUUAGUUCUAAAGAACAUAUUUGUUAAUUAU